CAGGCUGAUACUGACUCAUCCCCUGUCACAUCUCCUAACCAAAAUACUUGUCACUACCGCAAGAUCCACUAUGACCGGCCGGCCGCGUACUGAUAGUGAAAACAAAAAAAAUGUAAACCCCGCAUUUGUAUUCUCGCCUUCCCAGCUUGUCCCUUGCCAGCUGCCGUCUCUGCAAUGCAUGCUGGGUGCUCGCAAUAUGGCGACGUCCGUACCGCUGAGCUGAGCAGCUUUCCGUGUUUGGUUCCAUAGGGCAGAGCGGGAGAGACCGCGGGAUGGAGCUGCAGAGCCCCGCGCUGGGCCUCGGGGAGGAUGAGGAGACCGAGCUCAGCGACUGGAAUCUGCCGGCCGCCUUCAUGAAGAAGCGGCACUGUGAGAAGAUCGAGGGCUGCAAAUCCCUGUCGCAGAGCUGGAGAAUGAAGGACAGGAUGAAAACGGUCAGUGUGGCUCUUGUGCUGUGUCUCAACGUAGGCGUAGACCCUCCGGAUGUGGUAAAGACCACCCCAUGUGCCCGUUUGGAGUGUUGGAUUGAUCCUCUUGCUAUGGGUCCCCAGAAAGCUCUGGAAACCAUUGGAGCCAACCUGCAGAAGCAAUAUGAAAACUGGCAGCCACGGGCUAGGUACAAGCAAAGUCUAGACCCCACAGUGGAUGAGGUGAAGAAGCUCUGCACUUCCCUGCGAAGGAAUGCCAAGGAAGAGCGAGUGCUAUUCCACUACAAUGGGCACGGAGUACCACGCCCCACCGUCAACGGGGAGAUUUGGGUUUUUAAUAAAAAUUACACACAGUACAUCCCCCUUUCCAUAUAUGACCUACAGACCUGGAUGGGAAGUCCCUCUAUCUUUGUGUACGACUGUUCCAACGCUGGACUCAUCGUGAAGUCAUUCAAGCAAUUUGCAUUACAGAGAGAGCAGGAGCUUGAGGUUGCUGCCAUUAAUCCUAGCCACCCACUGGCACAGAUGCCUUUGCCACCUUCCAUGAAGAAUUGCAUUCAGCUGGCUGCAUGUGAUGCCGCGGAACUGCUACCCAUGAACCCAGACCUUCCUGCUGAUCUCUUCACUUCCUGCUUAACCACGCCAAUCAAAAUAGCACUGAGAUGGUUUUGCAUGCAGAAAAGCGUCAAAUUGGUGCCUGGUGUCACCCUGGACCUCAUUGAGAAGAUUCCUGGGCGUUUGAAUGACAGAAGGACGCCUCUAGGAGAGUUAAACUGGAUCUUCACAGCAAUUACUGACACUAUAGCGUGGAAUGUUCUGCCAAGAGACCUGUUCCAGAAGCUAUUCCGGCAGGACCUUCUUGUCGCCAGCCUCUUCCGCAAUUUCUUGUUGGCAGAAAGAAUCAUGAGGUCUUACAACUGCACGCCAGUGAGCAGCCCCAGGUUGCCCCCUACAUUCAUGCAUGCCAUGUGGCAGGCGUGGGAUCUGGCUGUUGAUAUAUGUCUUUCUCAAUUACCUACUAUCAUUGAGGAGGGCACAGCAUUUCGUCAUAGUCCUUUCUUUGCCGAGCAGCUGACUGCAUUUCAGGUCUGGUUAACCAUGGGUGUUGAGAACAGAAAUCCUCCAGAACAGUUACCCAUUGUCCUUCAGGUGUUGCUGAGUCAAGUUCAUCGUCUCAGAGCCCUGGACCUGCUGGGUAGAUUUCUGGACCUGGGUCCAUGGGCAGUGAGCCUGGCCCUGUCUGUGGGGAUUUUCCCCUAUGUACUGAAAUUGCUGCAGAGCUCUGCUCGUGAGCUGCGGCCGCUGCUCGUGUUCAUUUGGGCCAAAAUCCUUGCAGUGGACAGUUCUUGCCAGGCAGAUUUGGUGAAAGAUAAUGGGCACAAAUACUUCCUCUCCGUUCUGGCAGAUCCAUACAUGCCGGCUGAACACCGUACAAUGACUGCUUUCAUUCUGGCUGUGAUAGUGAAUAAUUACACCACUGGGCAGGAAGCCUGCCUGCAGGGAAACUUGAUUGCCAUCUGCCUGGAGCAACUUAAUGAUCCUCACCCACUUCUCCGCCAAUGGGUUGCUAUCUGUCUAGGUCGAAUAUGGCAGAACUUCGAUGCUGCACGCUGGUGUGGUGUUCGUGACAGCGCUCAUGAAAAGCUUUACAGCCUCUUGUCUGACCCCAUUCCAGAGGUGCGCAGUGCAGCAGUCUUUGCUCUUGGAACCUUUGUGGGAAACUCAGCAGAGAGAACAGAUCAUUCCACAACAAUUGAUCACAAUGUGGCCAUGAUGCUGGCACAGCUCAUUAAUGAUGGCAGCGCAAUGGUCCGGAAGGAGCUGGUUGUUGCUCUCAGUCACUUAGUUAUACAGUAUGAGAGUAAUUUCUGCACGGUUGCACUUCAGUUCAUGGAAGAGGAGAAGAACUAUCCUCUCCCGUCUCCAGCUUCCAUGGAGGCAGGCAGUCUGACUCCUGUGCGAGAAGCACCCAGCACCCCUCGCUUACGAUCUGUCAGUUCCUACGGGAACAUCCGGGCUGUGACAACCCCUCGAAACUUGAACAAGUCUCUACAAAACCUCAGUCUGACGGAAGAGGGGGGCGGUAUUGCAGCGUUCUCUCCUGGGAAUCUUAGCACCAGCAGCAGCGCUAGCAGCACCUUGGGGAGUCCUGAUAACGAAGAGUACAUUCUGUCCUUCGAGACCAUCGAUAAGAUGAGACGUGUCAGCUCCUACUCCUCGCUCAAUUCUCUAAUAGGGGUUUCUUUCAAUAGUGUCUACACUCAGAUAUGGAGGGUUCUGCUUCACCUCGCUGCAGACCCAUACCCAGAAGCGUCAGACCUUGCCAUGAAAGUGCUGAACAGCAUUGCCUACAAGCUUCUUUCAGGAGUUUCAGGUUUACCUGUGUCUCCACAGGCUACGAUGAGCACUCGCCCCCAGCGCAUUUUGGAUGCUUCAUCUCUCACACAGUCUGCUCCCGCAAGUCCUACUAAUAAGGGGAUGCAUAUCCAGCAAGUGGGGGGAUCACCUCCCACUCCCAGCGCCAGCAGUUCCAGUCUUACCAAUGAUGUGACCAAACCAGCUGUCAGUAGGGAGCUGCCUUCUGCUCGGCCAGCCAAUGUGGGGGGGAACAUUGGUGUACAGUAUACUCCCCAUUCCCAUCAGUUCCCUCGUACCCGCAAGAUGUUUGAUAAAGGUCCAGACCAGACGGCAGAUGAUGGAGAUGAUGCUAUUGCCCAUAAAGGGUUCAUAUCUGGGUCACUGCAGACUGGAUUUGGUGACUGGAGUGCCAAGUACUUUGCUCAACCGGUUAUGAAGAUACCUGAAGAACAUGAUGCUGAGAGUCAAGUACGCAAAGAGCGGGAGUGGCGCUUCUUACGGAAUGCCAAGGUCAAGAAACAAGCACAAAACCUCCUACAAAAAGGCAUCACCAAGUUGGAUGAUCAGAUAUUUAUUAACCGAAAUCCAGGCGUUCCCUCCGUAGUGAAGUUUCAUCCAUUUACCUCUUGUAUCGCGGUUGCUGACAAAGACAGUAUCUGUUUCUGGGAUUGGGAGAAAGGAGAGAAGCUGGAUUACUUUCACAAUGGCAACCCACGUUAUACCAGAAUUACAGCCAUGGAAUAUCUAAAUGGACAAGACUGCUCUCUGCUGCUGAGUGCCACAGAUGAUGGUGCCAUACGAGUGUGGAAGAACUUUGCUGACCUAGAAAAGAAUCCCGAAAUGGUAACUGCCUGGCAGGGUUUAUCUGACAUGCUGCCAUCUACACGGGGACUGGCACGACGCGUCUCCAUUUAUCUUGACAGGAGUAAGCAAGGGGGGGCAGGUAUGGUAGUAGACUGGGAACAGGACACUGGGCUGCUCAUCACAUCUGGUGACGUACGAAUUAUCCGAAUAUGGGACACCGAUAGAGAGAUGAAAGUACAGGAUAUCCCCACAGGGGCAGACAGCUGUGUGACCAGCUUGUCUUGUGACUCUCAUCGCUCACUCAUCGUGGCUGGACUUGGGGAUGGCUCUGUGCGUAUUUUUGACCGCAGGAUGUCACAAAGUGAAUGCCGUGUUAUGACUUAUCGUGAGCACUCAGCAUGGGUGGUGAAAACACAUAUCCAAAAACACACAGAUGGCAAUAUCUUGAGUGUGAGCGUCAAUGGAGAUGUUCGCUACUUUGACCCUAGAUUGCCCGAAUCUAUAAACAUGCUGCAGAUAGUCAAAGGUUUGACAGCGCUGGAUUACCAUCCGCAGGCCAACCUGUUUGCAUGUGGUUCUAUGAACCAGUUUAUUGCUAUUUACAAUGGAAGCGGAGAGCUGAUCAGUAACAUAAAAUACUACGACGGAUUCAUGGGUCAGAGGAUUGGAGCCAUCAGCUGCUUAGCUUUCCAUCCACACUGGCCCCACUUAGCUGUUGGCAGUAACGAUUACUACAUGUCUAUAUAUUCGGUGGAGAAACGAGUCAGAUAGCCACUGGAAGGAGACACAGAGACUGACCUCUUGGCUUCCUCUCCUAGUCUUCCUGUGUUCAGACAAGAACCAUGACCUUGUGUGAUGACAUUCGGUUGUUGCUUCUCAGAACUUGAAGAUUUCUCUCUGAAUGGAAUGAAGAAAAAGAAGAAAUGACAGAACGAGGGUGUCUCCAUCCCCUUCUGUCUACUUCUCAUUCUUGUUUCUUGAUUUUCAAGCCAAGUGGAGGGGGAAGCUCUGUAAAUAUGACCACCCCAGAUUUGAGGUGGCAUGCAGGCAUUUUGUAUCUGUGAAAUCUGGUUUGAGUCCUUUAUCCUCCUUGCUGAUGUCACCAUUGCUUUUGGACACUGCUUAUUCUUGCAAUUUGAGGGUCCUUGCAUGGUAAUGAUUUGCUAAAUGCUUCAUGAUGUUCCACUGAAAAGGUGCCCCUCACAUGGAUCACUAAGGGUUUAAUCCCAAUAACCAGUCUCCCAGCCUCAACACACACAAAACAUCCUCGCCUGCCUUUAACCUUUCUGUGGUUUGAGAGACUAAUUCACAGUGUGUAACUAAACCAUACCGUUACGUGCCGGCUACUCAUUGAUUGGUUCAAAGCCCAUUUCAAACGAGAAGAAUUCUGUGCCAGCUUCUCAUUGAUUGGUUCAGAGCCCAUUUCAAAGGAGAACAAUUCUGUGCCUACUCCGUGUUGAUUGGUUCAGAGCCUAUUUGAAAGGAGAACAAUUAACAUAUCUUCUUUGCAGCCAACAUCACAUCCGUUCGGGACAGCACUGCUCCUUUUAUCUUUAUCUGUAAAACAUAAGGACAGUAGAAGUGAAAUGAAGAGAAGACCACAGUUUUGAAAAAUAUUUUUUAUUGACAAUUAAAAAUCCUCCACAAGUCAUUUUUGAGAUGCCGUGCUCAGGGCGCAGUAUAAAAUAGAAAACCCAAAUCAUCAGCAUCUAUUAAUGAACAUUUAGAUCUCACUAAAAGAUGUUAAAUAUGUAACACUGGGAACAUUUGACAGAUAUAUUUUAUACGACUGAGUGACUGCUCAUUCCUCAGUAUGUGUUAUAUUAACACAGUAUAUUGCUGACUUUCCCACUAGCUAGAACACCCCUCACGCAAAACUUACGAUGAUGAUGAU